AGCCUCAUCGAUUUGGAAAUCUGGAAUUGGAAAACAUCGUUUCUCGAUUUCAAAAACAUCGAUUGCGAUUUUGCCAACCCGGAUGCUGGACUUGGAAUUUUUUUUCAGCUUUUGAUUUUCCAAUUCCACAUUCCAUUACACGCACUGUAAUGGACGUUUCCAUAUAACUUACUGGUAUUGGCCUUAACCUGACUUGCUCGCCAUACUGUAUGUGGAAAUCUGGCAGUUUGCGUUGUUGUUGACGUUGGUAGAAGUAGAAACUAGAUUUUUUUUUGAAGAACGAAACCCGUUUAUUUCUUCGAGUUGCAGCAUCUUUUUUGUUUUAUUCUGAUUUUGUACUUGUACCCGCUGAGGGGCUAAAGUCCUUCAAGUGCUUAUGAUCGGGCCGUUGAAUGGUGGAGUCCUCGAUGUUUACGUCUUCUGGCCCGUUCUGGGGUUCUUGCCGUUGAGUAACAGCUGUAUCUUUCCGCAACCCGAAGCUACCGUUCCAUGUGUUGAACGAAAGUCUAAAAUUACUUCUGCCACUGUAACUUACAGUGGGAUCCAUAACGGUCGACUGCGUCCCAAAAUCCGAAGUUCCCCGAACACGUUUGGUGCAGAUACAAUGGAAGCUUUUUUUGUGUUUGCGGAUUCUGUCGUCAGGCGGGCCAAUAGGCUCUUGGAUACUGCAGAUGGGGAUCAAGACGGCAUUGAAGGAGCACUGGCGCAAAUUGAAUAUUUAACUGGUUACACACGGGAUAUAUGCGAAAACUUACCUAACGAAGUGACGGGAGAUGCUCAGCAGUUGUUCGACGUUUUGCGAAACUGUUCAGAGGGCUUGCACCAGCUACUGCGGGAAGACGAAAAUGGGUCGGAUUAUUUCUAUGAAAUGAAAGGCGGCACUAAUAAAUACGGAAAAAUUUGUAUUCCGGAUAACGAACUCGGUGAAAUGCGAUGCGAAGGCUUCACAGUUAGGGAAAUUGCUGGGUUCUUUGGAGUUACGACACGUACGAUCGAGCGGAGGCUGGUUGAAUACAAUUUAAAUCACAAGUACAGCGAUAUAUCCGACGAUGACUUGGACAUUGCCGUGCAGGAAAUACUCAGUUCGUUUGUGAAUGUUGGAUAUCGUUUCAUAUGUGGUCAGUUAAAGAGUGCUGGAUUAUAUGUCCAGCGAGCUAGGAUUCUUUCAUCUCUGCGACGCUUGGACCCUUAUGGUGUUGCUAAUCGGUUUUUCAACUUGGUCACUCGUCGUAAAUACUCCAACCCUGGUCCGAACGCGUUGUGGCACAUGGAUGGUAAUCACAAACUGGUGCGGUGGGGAUUUGUUAUUCAUGGAAUUAUCGACGGAUUCUCCAGGCUGAUCAUUUCACUUGUGGUUGCCACGAAUAACCGUGCUAGCACAGUACUAGAAGCCUUUUUGAACGGAGCGGGGGCGUGUGGAGUCCCAUCUCGAGUGAGAAGCGACUGCGGAGGUGAAAAUUUUGGAGUUGCAAGAUGGAUGGAGCAUUACAUGGGGCCUGAUCGAGGCAGUAUUAUUAUGGGUCCGUCCGUCCAUAAUCAAAGAAUCGAGAGACUCUGGAGAGAUUUGGGACGUGUGGUUAUAAAACUUUUCCGGUCGGUUUUCAUACACAUGGAGAAUACAGGCAUUCUGGAUGUUUCCUUUGCGCGCGACAUGAUGAUACUGCAUCUUGUGUACCAGCAAAGAAUUCAAGAAAAACUUGGCCAGUUUAUCGAAUUUUUCAAUAACCAUAAAAUGCGAACCGAGCACGAAAAGACGCCUAGGCAGCUAUUUAUAUUAGGAUGUCGCGAGAAGGGACUGCACGGAUUUUCACUGGAUCAGGUUCUAUCAGCAGACAAUGUUUUGCCUGAAGCAGAUGUUGAUGUUGCGGAAAAUUUUCCAGCGUAUAUCAGAAAUCAUGCCUCGCACUCAAGAGAUUCAGUACCGGUAUUCGACAUCAUCAGCAGUUUUCCGAAUGAGGCGCAGCUGAUUUUGGAUAGUAUAGACGUUAUGGCCGAUGAUGGGAUGUACGGAAUUGACACAUUUCAGACUGCAAAAGAUUUAGUGCGGUUUCAUUUUGGUUGAUGCUGGAAACGGAAAACUCGCAGAGAUUUCCCGAUGGUGCUUUUGUGUCUGAGUUUUACUCAUUGUCAAUAUUGGAGUCAAGGGUGUCUUAACGUGGUGUUCGUGCAUCCCAAUAUGGCCCAUCGGCAGUUCGGAGCGUCUCGUGGCGGACGGUGCUGUGGCCCUGCAGAGCGAAGGUGAUUCCAUCCGCUUCUUCACUGCUCACCAUGACUCCUCUCAAUGUUUUCCGGAAAUCCGCGACGGCACCCCGGAAAUCUGUUUCGUGGGUGGCUGGCUGGCUCGUGGGCUCUGGUGAAAUCCCUUCUGGAGUGCAUUAUUUUUAUCAGGCAGCAGAUGGACAGCAUAUUUAUCUGCAUCCGAUUAACGUGAGAAUGCUGACGGCGCAGUAUGGGCAUGUCCGAGAAGCGCCAUUGGAGAUCCCUGGGAAGGUGGUGGAUGUUGAUACAUGGAGUAUUAACGAGGAAAUACGAAAACGAUAUCGGUAUUUAUCGCACUUGCCGCUGACGUGUGUGUUUAGCGUGGUGGAACUAGACUUGCAGCCGCCGAUGGUGUCCGUGGAGGUGCUGGAUAGUUUCGCGUCGGAAAUCGACUAACGCCAUCAUGUUCGCAACAUCAGAAUGCAACGAAAUGAUGCGCCAGCGUGAUGCCGAGAAUGCGUUUCGAAAAGAUAUUCGCGGAUGGGUAUCCUUUAGUCUGCAGUCGGAGCUGUUUCCGGCCGUCAGUCCUAGCCCGACGAUGGAGGAUUUGAAUUUGGCCUCGGAAGAAGCAUUUCCAGCAGUUGGUAGCGAAACGCUGCUGCCUUCUUCACCUAAAGCCGCCACAUUGACCCCUAGUACUUCAGCGCCGAAAUCUUUUGCACAGAUGCUGCGCGAAGGGAAAGUUCAGCGUCAGUCGUCCACCGGAAACGAAGGAAUUCAGUCUACGAGCAAACAUGUCCCGAAGCAAACAUCUUCCGAUGAGGAAAACCAGCAAGGAGCAGCGCCGGAUUUCCACGCAUCCUUCUCCGCUGGACUGGAUGCUGCUUUUAGCCAGCUGGAGAUGAGCAGUAGUAAGGCGGAAGGCAUGGGAGGUAAAGGAUCAAAGAAGAAGAAGAUAGGCAGCAAGGUGACGUUGUUCGCUACGGGAGUGAUGCCGCGCGUUUAGGCUACGGAGGAACUUUAAUAAAGCUGUAAUAAGUAUUAUCUGUUGUUGACAUGAUUGGUGCGAAGGAACAGUUGUUAUUUAACAGAUUUGGUUAAUUAUUUAUUCAUUUUCGAUUUGAUAAUCGUCAUCUGAGUCGUGAAUGUCUGCGUUUAAACAGUGUUGUUCUGAUAUUAUAAAUUAUGAUUAUUCUAACUUGAUGAUGAUCGAUUGUUAUCUAGAAAUUGGACAUCGUAGUAGCUUUCUUCGCGGCUUUCGUGGUAUCUGGUGUUUAAUUGAAAUAAAUAUCGUAUAAUAAUACUUUUGGGGUCGAGUAUUUACGGUCGAGAUGUGUGCGUUAUAUAAACAAGUCGCUGCCAUUGCCACCUUACGAACCGGACUACUGUUCUGGAGUUUUGUGUCGCUGUUCAAGAAUUUCGGGCCGUGAGGAAACCGGGAAUACCGUAAAUGUAAAUGACCGGGGAAAUGUUUCGUUCAAGGAUGAACUUUGGGGCAUGUUGGGUUUGUUAUAGCACAUACUUGUGCAUUUUCCGGUAAUCAAUAGUUAAUUAAUACCCUACAUAGGAUUAGGUUCUGAUGAUUUCCCUUUUUAUUAUCAGAAGGCAUAGUAAAUUACUAGUAUACUUGUAUAUUUUUCGUCAUACAGCCCAUUAAUUAUACCGUGCCGUAUGGCAUCCGACGUAGAUGUCGAAUUACAAAUUUUACGAAUAGAAAAUUCCUAUGCGACUAAUCUUCCAGUGCACACCAGAGGCUAUAAUCAAGGUCAGCUCUGCCGACUGUUUUGUCGUUCCCACCAACGUUAAUAUGGCGCCGUUUAUAUAGCAUCGUUGUAGUGCCGUCUUAUUUCCAGAUGUUACAUACUGCAAGAAGUGCUUUCUCAUCAAACCUGAUCGUUCGCACCAGUGCUCAGUUUGUGAGAGGUAAAAACAACCAAAUGUCCACGUUCUGGUGUCAACUUCAUCCUUAUGCCUUUCAAUUACAGGUGUAUUAUACGAUUAAAAAUUGAUCAUCACUGGUAAUUAAUUUUUACUCUUUUGUUGUAUAACAAGUUCAAUAUUUCACUGACUUUUUUAUUUGUUGCAUCCCCUGGCCCUGCCUAAAAUGCCUUGCAGUUUUCCGUAGAAAGUUAUCGAUCGCCUAUAUUCGGGCGAGGUAUCGAUAAGAACGGCUGUCAUUUGGGUCACUACAGCAAUUUCACACAGAUCUUUGGCGAUAACUGGCUGUUUUGGUUCCUCCCGGUGGUUGCAAGGUACUCGUAUGUUUAUAAAUUCUGUUCCACGAAUUCGUCUCGGAGCAGGAAAAUUGAGGUUAAGUGGCUUUCGGCAGUAGCCCGCAUGUGAAUACUGUAGUUUAAAAAAUACCGGCGAGCAAAGGCAACGGAUUACAGUACCCUGUGCGGUUUUCUCGUGAUUUGGCGUAUAUUGCGCCGGUGCCUGACUCAACUGCUUCCCAGUUCCCCUCCCAUCAUGUGUCGCUGGACGUACGAAGUAAGACUACAAGCGACCCUAUUCCUCCGAAAUCCAGAUCUUUCCAGAAGGCUAAAGGACAUUCCAAUAGGUUGAUGUGAGAUUUUUAUUUCUGAAUUUUUGGUGGUAGUAAGUAGAAGUGUGUAUGUCAUGGUAGCAUCCCAUCAAAUUCCAGGCAAGUUUCGAUGUCUCUAAUUUCGUUGUUUGCCACAAUUUGCAAACUGCGUCACCGUAACAAAUUCAACAAAUUGAUAUAUUAUCAAAAUAUAUUUUGUUCAGGUUGUCGUUGAGGAGAAAAUGUGAACAAGAUUAUGGAUUAUGAUUUUGUUUUUAUUAGUGACUAUUUGCCUAUUAGUUUUCGGUUAUAAUUUCUGCCGCAUGCUAUAGCAACGGCCACGCAUAUUCGGUUUUAACCGGCAUCGCACCGAUGACCAACACACUGUUUAGGAGGCGCAGCUAUGGCUGGAUGUGGAUGCGGGUGAGACGAAUCUCAUCGCCCUGGACGCACCCAGUUUUCCCUGUAAUCCGCAAGAGCAGCGCCAGUCACAUUAGCGGGACCAGCCACGGCUUGUUUUAGUUAACGAAUAGUUCGCUGGUUUUAGUUAACGAAUAUUAGACUUUGAUUGGGUCUGCAUUUUCUAAUUCCUUUCUGCAAAUUUCCUUUGGGUUGUUUUAUUUUUGACGGGGUUGUAGUCAUUUAUUGCAGAUACGGUGCUGAUUUGCUUGAACUUUCGGUUUUGGGCUUUUUCUGUCGGCUUUGAAUUUCUGAUAAUUAUGAUGCAGCUCUGGAAAGUUAUUGAAAGUUAACGAAAAUAAAAUUAACC